AUGUUAUGCUCCACGGCGCUUGUCUUGGAUGUGGUGUGGCUGGCAUGGGUUGCAGAAACGAAAACCUCUUGGAAGGCUUUGAAGGUGGUAUUGUAUUCAGACUCGGCUAUUUCAGGACAAGCGGCUGGGUUAGCCAUGGGUUUAGUCAUGUUGGGCUCAGGAGACCAAACGAUCGCUCGUGAUAUGUUGACCUACGCUCAAGAAACACAACACGAAAACAUCAUCAGAGGUUUGGCAAUUGGAAUUGCCCUCUUGUUCUACCAGCAGGAACUGAAGGCUUUAACCAUAGUCGAUGAGUUGAUGGCACAAGAGAACCCCAUCCUUAGAUAUGGAGGUGCUUUCACCAUCUCAUUAGCAUAUGCUGGAACUGGCAACAAUGAUGCCAUCAAGAAGUUGCUUCAUUAUGCUGUUUCGGAUCCUUCAGAUGAUGUGAGAAGAGCGUCAGUUAUGGGCCUUGGUUUCUUAUUGAUUCGUGACUAUACUGCGACACCUCAAAUUGUUGAGUUGUUGUCACAAUCCCACAACCCUCAUGUCCGUUACGGUGCCGCUAUGGCGUUGGGUAUUUCGUGCGCUGGAAGAAGCUUGCCUGCUGCUAUUGAUAUCUUGGAGCCACUCACAAAGGACUCUGUGGAUUUUGUCCGGCAAGGAGCUUUAAUGGCCACAUCCAUGAUCUUGAUCCAGCAAAACGAAAACUUGUAUCCUAAGGUGAAAGAGUUCACUCAGCUUUAUGCUGAUACUGUCAGAAACAAGCACGAAGACGCCUUGGCCAAAUUUGGUGCAACGUUAUCGCAGGGUAUUAUCGAUGCCGGAGGUCGUAAUGUGACGAUAAAUUUGGAGAACUCGCAUGCCAACACCCUCAACACCAGUGCUAUCGUUGGUCUUACUGUAUUUGCUCAGUCGUGGUACUGGUUCCCAUUCGUGCAUUUUCUUUCCUUGUCAUUUUCUCCUACAUCUAUCAUUGGAGUCGUGGAGGACUUGAAGGUGCCCAAGUUUGAGUUAAACUGCCACUCUCGUCCUGAACUCUUCCAAUACCCACCCAAGGUUGAAGAGAGCAAGGAGAAACAACCAGAUAAGGUUGCAACCGCGGUGUUAAGUACAACUGCGAAGGCUAAAGCCAGAGCUCGGAAGAACAAGAAGCACGAGGACACGGAAGACGACAAGAUGGAAGUGGAUGUUUUAAAGAAUGAGGAAAAGGAAACGAGUGGUGAUAAAGAUGAAGAUAAGAAGGGAGAAGAAAAGGAAAUCGGCAACGAGCCACAACCAAUUAGAUACCUCAAGACACCUUUCAAGAUUGAGAAUAUGAGCAGGGUAUUGCCGGCUCAAUCCAAUUACAUUUCUUUUGUGAAGGAUGAUAGGUUUGUUCCCGUCCGCAAAUACCGAGGAAAUGCUGGGGUGAUUGUGUUGCGGGAUACCAAGGCGGGAGAGAAAUUUGAGGCGAUCAAAACGGUCAGGCAGUUGAAUAUUACGGAGGCGCCUGUUCCUGAGCCAUUUACGUUGAGCGGAGAAGAUUUGGAAGACGACGAGUAA